AUAGCCUACAAGGAGAAGAUGAAGGAGCUCCCACUGGUGUCUCUGUUCUGCUCCUGCUUUUUGUCGGAUUCCCUGAAUAAAUCAUCCUACAAAUAUGAAGGCUGGUGUGGGAGACAGUGUAGGAGAAAAGGUCAAAGCCAGCGGAAAGGCAGUGCUGACUGGAGAGAAAGAAGAGAACAGGCAGAUACCGUGGACCUGAACUGGUGUGUCAUCUCUGACAUGGAAGUCAUUGAGCUGAACAAGUGCACCUCGGGCCAGUCCUUUGAAGUCAUCCUGAAGCCACCGUCCUUCGAUGGGGUGCCUGAAUUUAAUGCCUCCCUCCCCCGACGGCGAGACCCAUCACUAGAAGAGAUUCAGAAGAAACUAGAAGCGGCGGAGGAGCGAAGGAAGUACCAGGAAGCGGAGCUCCUGAAGCACCUAGCAGAGAAACGGGAGCACGAGCGAGAGGUGAUCCAGAAAGCCAUCGAGGAAAACAACAACUUCAUCAAGAUGGCAAAAGAGAAGCUGGCCCAGAAGAUGGAAUCCAAUAAGGAGAACCGGGAGGCUCACCUGGCUGCCAUGUUGGAGCGGCUGCAAGAGAAGGACAAGCACGCAGAGGAGGUGCGGAAGAACAAGGAGCUGAAGGAAGAGGCCUCAAGGUAA